CGAACACACACACUUAACAUUCGCUCGCAACAUGGCGUUGAAGCGCCGAGAGACACGACGGCUCUCCCCCGACUAGUGGCAGCUUCUUGGGGAAAGCCAGGGGACGGUUCGCCAAAGAGACCCGAAACAUUCACGGGAGAGUCCGUUACGCACCGGGCGGAGACAAUAGCGGAUUCCAACAUAUAUGCAUGUCGCUGUAACGGUAUCGCUGGUUGGAGCCUAUAGACGUACGCUGCUACCCCACUGGUGGAAAACCAAAGGCUGUACAUGGCGGUGGAGAGCACAGUUUGGCUGUUCUGUCUUCUUUCGCUGUGUUGUGGUCCAUCCGAGCAAGCAAAGCCUGUUUCGGUGGAGCUGAGCUGCGGGGCUGGGCCCAGCCAUGUCGUGUUGGAGUCAGGUUCGCCCCUGCUGCUGGACUGCAACCUUGGGGCCAGUGAUGCACCUUUCAAUAUCACCUGGCUUCAGGAUGGCCAGCCUCUGCCUUUGGGGGGGCGUGACUUCCUGCAGUAUUUGGCCAACGGAUCCCUCCUCCUGCUGCCGACCUCUCGGGAUGGCCAGCCUCUCCGGGGUGUGGAGGGGGGCUACAGCUGUGUGAGUGCCAGUGCCCUUGGAGCCCUGACCAGCCGGACUGUAAAUGUUCUCCUAACAAGUCUGUCUAAGUUCCAUCAGGAGCCAUCACCUCAGACGGUGCCUACUGGGGGAGUGGCUCGCUUCCAGUGCCAGAUUGAGGGAGUACCCACCCCUGUUAUUACCUGGGAAAAGGACACAGUGGCUGUCCCUGAGGAGACACGGUUCAUUUCCCUCCUUAACGGGGUGCUCCAGAUUCUGGAGGUGACCAAGGAGGAUGAGGGUGCUUACCGCUGUGUCGCGUCCAACUCUGCCAGGAGAGACAUCUCUCAUGAAGCCAGGCUCACUGUCAACACAGGCUCUACUGAAACCCUGAAUGGAGUUGCCAUCGUUUCACCCCCUCAGAAUGCAACAGUCGCGCUCGGCCGCCCCGCUGUGAUGGAGUGUAUGGCACAAGGCCAGCCCAAGCCACUGGUGUCCUGGAGCAGACAAGAUGGAAAGCCCAUUUCUACGGAUGUGGUCGUCCUCGCAACGAACCUGGUGAUUAGGGACACGAGGCGUCACCAUGCCGGCGUCUAUGUCUGCCGGGCCAACAAGCCCAAAAGCAGAGAAUUUAUCAAUGCUGCUGCUGAGCUGCAUGUGUCUGCCCCUCCAGUGAUUCUCCAGCCCCCGGAGACAGUGUCCCUCUCCCGGGGAAACACAGCCAGGUUUGUGUGCAACAGCUCUGGAGAGCCUCCUCCAGUCUUGCACUGGCUUAAGGAUGGUCAGCCCAUCAGGUCAUUUCGACGAGUGAAGACCCAAAGCCCCGGAGUCCUGCUCAUCAACCAGCUGGCACUGGAGGAUGAGGGCUACUACCAGUGCAUAGCCGACAACGGGCUGGGCACGGCCUGUGCCACUGCCAAGCUGACGGUCAUUGUGAGGGAAGGUCUGCCGAGCCCUCCUCGCCACCUGUCGGCCACGCCCACCAGCACAACUGCCCUGCUCAUCUGGGAGAAACCUGAGUACAACUCGGACCAAAUCAUCGGCUACUCUGUGCACUGCCAGCGUGCCGCAGGCUUGGAUAACGAGGAGUACCAGUUUGCGAUGAACAACGACACCACAGAAUAUCAUGUCAAAGAGCUUCUCCCCCAUACUGCUUACACAUUCCUUGUGGUGGCUUACUCUCCCAUGGGUGCCAGUCGCCCAUCCCUGCCUGUCACUGUAGAGAUGCUGGAGGAUGUACCAAGUGCACCUCCUCAGCUGUCUAUAGUCAGCACCUCCUCCACAGACAUCAGGCUGAUGUGGCGUCCAUUGUCCUCGCAGCACAGUCGAGGGGCUGUUACCCGCUACCACAUUGAGUAUAGCACUCUGGAUCAGGUGGACACUGUGUUCUCUGUGGAAGUAAGGGGCAAUGAGACUCAGUUCACACUCAGAGAGCUGCAGCCCAACCAGGAUUACCGACUGAGGAUAGCAGCUGGGACAGGCAUUGGCUUUGGGGUUCCCUCUGAGUGGGCCCUGCACCAAACAUUAGCCAACCACAGCAUGGUAAUCUUCGCUCCCACGGAGCUGAAAGUCAGAGCCAGAGUGGACAUACUUAAUGUGACAUGGCACCCCUCGCCCAAUCACACACUGGUUUCUGGUUACAAGCUGUCCUGUCGAGAGGUGGAGGCCGAUGAAUCGGACAAUGGAGAAAAGACAACGCAGACCCACACCAUCAGGCUCCGUAAGAAGGCCAGGUAUCAUCUCCUCACCGGGCUGGUCCCUGAUCAGCAGUACGAGGUCAGAGUUUGGGCCUUCAACAAGCAGAUAGAUGGAGCAGCUGCUGUGUGGAAGGGAAGGACAGACAAGACCCAUGACAGAGCGGCGUCGUUGUUGCCGCCCAUGCGCCCCCCUCCAUUGCCCCCAAGCAGCAUCCAAGCCGCGGCCAACAGCUCCACCUCCAUCUUGCUGCGCUGGGAGAAACCGCGGUUCAGCAACGUACGCAUCAUCAACUACACGGUGCGCUGCAGCCCAGCGGGAACCACCAACGCCUCCCUGGUCUCCUAUUACACCAGCUCUGCCCAGGAGAUACUACUUGGGGCACUGAGGCCGUUCACCCGCUAUAAGCUGGCGGUGCAGUCGAAUGGGGUGGACGUGGUGGGACCCUUCAGCGGCACAGUGGAGGAGUCUACCUUGUCUGACCGGCCCUCCACACCUCCUGAGGAGCUGCAGCUGAGUGCUCUGGACUCCUCGUCUGUGGUGGCGAGCUGGCGCCCUCCUUUGGAGCCUAACGGUAUCAUCAUCAGCUACAGGAUCUUGUUCAGUGGCAACCUCAGCCAGCCUGAGCACUUGUGGGAAAACCUCUCUCAGGAUGGGAGCAUUACCAGUGUGGAGGUCCAGGGUUUGUCCAGUGACACUCGUUACUUUUUUAAGCUGGAAGCGUCAACUGAGGUGGGGCCAGGGCCUUUUUCCCCUGUAAAGGAUGUCCACACACCACUUCAGAUAUAUGAGCUGGACAUCCAUGCAGUGACAGGCAUCAUAGUUGGUGUGUGCCUGGGACUGAUAUGCAUCCUCCUCUGCAUGUGUUUAAGCUUUCGUAAUGGCAAAUCAAGGGAGGUGUCUGGAGGCCUGGACUCCACAGCUGUGACCCCUCAGUUCAGGCGAGGAGGCUGCCCCGUUUCCUCCAACGUGCCAGAGUGCAGCGAUAUCCACGAGCUGGAGACACUGAUGCCCCCAGGCAUCCAAGAGUCUGGUCAGCUGCCAGAAGAACCCCCAGAGGAGCAGAGCCUAAUGGCAAGUGCUAAUCCGUGGAAAGGGGAAGAUGCCCCUGCACCUGAUCCCAAGGCUGCUUGGAAUGGCUCUGUGAGUCAUAACUGGGCCAACAGAAUCACUAGAUACAGAGACACCAUAACAGAAGACUCUCCAACACUCAUUAAUGGAGCUCUCAACAUGCUAAUUACUGAUAAUGGCACGGACAUAGAAGAUCAUCUCUGUACAUCCCUGUGCAGCAACCAGAUGGAGGCCGAAGUUAUUGUUCACUCAGAGCUGUCAGACCCAGGAAGGGAGAACAAGGAGGAAGGCAGCGAAAGGGAGAAGGAUUCUAACACCACCAGGGGACCCUCAUUAUCAGAGGAUAGAUAUUCCCCUUUGAGUAAUCCAAGCCCAACAGGAGAAGAGAACAUUUUCGAAAAACUAUCGCUGGCCCAAAGCCCCAUGAGUCUUCCGUUGAUAAAGUUGGUGGCUAAUCACAACAGGGAGCUACAAGGCACGGGAGACCAGCUGAGUGCAGACAUAGAGCCACAGAAGGACAUGGGGCUAACCAAUGGCUUCCAUUCCCCAAAAAACGGGCGUUCUGUGCUGAGGUCAGAACAUCUGGAGAACGGGGACUCCGGUCACUGCCCUUCGGCACCAGGGAAGGCCAUCUCUGGUAGGAUGUCCUCUGCCCCGUUCGUCAGCUCCGGCCUUGUCCACUCUACCUCAGCAGCACACAGUUAUCUGUGCCCGUAGCCCCUGCAUGUAGGGCAGCAACACACACAAAAAACACACACACACACAAACAUCAGACUGGUUUUCUUUCUUUUACGUACCCAGGUAAAAUCCCUAGGGAUUGUUUUUAUGUACCAUAAUUAUUGGAUUCCUUUCUCUUCCGUGGAAAGUUUGUAUACGGUCCUUGAAUCCAUUGUUUCAUAGGUUGGUAUAUACAGUAUACAUACUCACUAUAUUUUUUUUGUGGUAGAGUACUGUGUAUGGUCAUGCAUUCUCUAGAUAUGCAACCAUAUUUUUCUCUGGGUAUUUUUCCUGUCGUUAGGAAAGAAAAGAAAGAUUUAACUUACCAAGCAGAUGGAAGGGGAUUGAAGGAGGCUAUUCCCACUGUGUCGCACGUGGCUUUAUUCUAUGCGAGAGCCUGGAAUGUGAGACAAGGUACCAUCAUGGAUGUGAGGAUCGGAAAUGCAGGUUUGAUAUAUUUCCCUUGGCUUUGCCGUGCGGAUGUUACUUUUAAUGUGGCACUACGCAGGAAUAAGCCUUAAAGAAAAUCUGCACACUCUGAGAGUGCAGAACACCUGCGUCUCUCUCCAACCUCCUGCUGUCUCAGGGUCCACACACACACACACACACACACACUCACACACUUUGAAACACACACAGAAAGCUUAACUCACCCAUAAACACACAUUUACACACACAUUCCCUGACUGGAUUGUGGGGGUCUCAGGUGCCUAAUUAUUGUAGGUGCGUUUAUAACCUCUGUAUAUCUCUAUGGAUGAUUCUGUUCAGUACAAAACACCAGUACAAAAAAGACUCAAAAUGUAAAAAGAAAUGGAGUAUACACAUUUGGUACACAUGAAGUAUUCUUUUCCAAAAUGCCAUAUAUCCACGUGGUGUGAUUGUUUUACCAGGCGCACCCAGUUGAAAAGUAAAAAUCUUUUUUGCUAUAUUUCAGAUGGUGUAUAUCUCAUUUUGGAAUCAAAGUAUUUACAUGUUUAUGUUGGUACUGUUUUAAUUGUGUUGGUGGGAGAACGAGAGAAGAUGUUAUAACAACGCAUCCGUAGGCCACUCUUAUAAACUUGACUCAUAAUUAGGGAUGUAGCAAUGUGAUACUGUGCCAAGAGUUGCCAUUUGAACUCUGUAUAAUAAUGUUCCCAUGUGAAAAGUUAGCCAUGUUUUUAAUUCGAGGGGAACUCAACUUGACUCAUCAAGUGUAUCUGAUUCCAGUUGUAUGAGAACAUUUCCACAUUGCUAUGCUCUUACUACAGUACCAGAAAUCAACAUACCCUGAUACAUUUCUGCAUUUAUCAGAUAGGAAAGGGUUUUGAUGAAAAAAAUAAAAUAAAUGUGGUCAAAUUUUUUUUUUUUUUA